AUGCCAAAUCAGAGCAAUGUCCAGCGAUCUGGACGUCGCAACGCACGUGGUCCACAUGGCACGCAAAAGUCACGUCGGCUCAUACCAUGGGUGUAUGACCUUGUCGUCUGGAGUCUUAGUGUCCUGAUUGAACUGUACUUCCGCGAGGUGCACCCGAGAGGCGCAUGGAAGAUUCCUCGAGUAGGCCCGGUCAUCUUCGUCGCCGCCCCGCACGCCAACCAGUUCGUCGACUCUGUCAUCCUUAUGCGCAUCUUUAAGACGGAAGCAAAACGCAGAAUAUCUUGGUUGAUCGCAGAGAAAUCCACCAAACGACGCUUCAUUGGAGCUAUGUCGUCUGCGGUGGGUUCUAUCUCGGUCGGAAGAGCUCUCGACAAAGUGAAGCCUGCCGAGGGCAAGAUAUAUCUGCCGGAUCGCGAAAACAAACCUGAGCUGAUUGAAGGGCGCGGUACCAAUUUUGAAAACGGUCAAUUCGAAGUCGGUGGCCUGAUAGUUCUACCAAAGUCUGGUAACCAGACUCCUAGCAGCGAAAUUGCCCAGAUCAUCUCCCCCACCCAACUCAGGCUGAAGAAACCAUUCAACUCGCAAGCAGCCCUUGACUCGCUGGGCGCCGAAGGAGGCUGUUCUUUCAAGGUCGCUCCCUUCGUUGAUCAAGGUAAAGUCUACAGUGCGGUGUCCGACGAACUCGAAGCCGGAGGUGUCAUUGGAAUCUUUCCUGAAGGUGGUAGUCAUGAUCGUACUGAUCUCCUGCCGCUCAAGGCAGGUGUCGCCAUCAUGGCUCUGGAGGCUCUAGCGCGGAAUCCCGACUGUGGACUUAAGAUCAUCCCCAUCGGAAUGAAUUACUUCCACGCGCACAAGUUUCGCUCGCGAGCAGUCAUCGAGUUCGGCCACGCCAUUGAAGUUCAUCCAGACCAGGUCGAGGCCUACAAAGCUGGUGAUCGCCGAAAUGCCGUCGGAUCCCUGAUGGCAACUGUCCAAGAUGGCCUCACAGCAGUGACUCAGUCUAGUCCGGACUACGAGACACUCAUGUUGGCCCAGGCCGCCAGACGCCUCUACAAUCCCGCAGGAAAGAAGCUUCCGCUAUCACUUGUUGUCGAGCUCAAUCGAAGACUUGUCAAAGGCUAUACGGUUUACAAAGAUGACCCGCGCGUGGUCGCUCUCCGACGAGAUGUGCUUAACUACAACCGAGAAAUUCACGCACUCGGUAUCCGGGAUCACCAAGUCGAAUGGGGAAACACUAUCAAACGCCCAUGGUGGCUUGUACUUGGGACUUUGAUCUACCGGCUUGGUGAAAUCGUGGUGCUUGCCGUGGGGACUUUGCCUGGACUGGCCAUGUUCUGGCCGCUCUUCGUCGUCACAAAGCUGAUCUCCAUGAAAAAGUCCCGGGAGGCGCUUGCCGCGUCGACCGUCAAGAUUAAGGGCCGAGAUGUCAUCACAACGUGGAAGCUGCUGGUUGCGAUAGCGGCGGCACCGGCACUGUACGCGUACUACACCAUCAUUGUGUCGGUCUGGCUCGUUUACAACCGUCGGGAGGGCGUCUAUACCUACCGUGUCCCCUGGUGGAUGGUGGCACGAACCUAUGUUCCUGACUGGGUACCUAUCUGGCUAUUUGCCAUUGCUUUCCUGGUGUUAUGUGUAUCCAUCACCUUUGCGGCACUCAGGAUCGGUGAGAUCGGCAUGGAUGUUGUGAAGUCACUUCCGCCACUCUUUGCUGCUUUGAACCCUCGCUCUUCAAGCACGCUGGCCAGGUUGCAAAAACACAGAAAGGAGCUCUCUGCCAAGGUUACGGAUGUCAUCAACACUCUAGGACCCGAAGUUUUUCCCGACUUUGACGCCAACCGCAUCGUGGCAGAUCCGUUCAGAGAAGGUGCAUAUCAAUCUCAGUAUCGCCAGAUCCCGGAAACGAGACUGGAGGGCGCUUCGGAACCAGAGACACCUACUGCUACGGAGCAAGACGAUACAUUGUUUGGAAGAUCUCUCAAUCUACUUCCCAGCAACGAAACCUUUAUGAAUAUUGGCAGUUUCGGAUUCUUCUCAUCCAGACCACAUACCCCGAAGAGCAGAAGUCGGAGCAGCUCCACUGGUGCAGGUCUUGGCCAAGGAUUGAAACCAUUCAGCAGCCUCGACUCGCAAGACCUGAGCCAGCGUAUAAGGGGUGCCAUGCGUGAGCGUGGUAAGAAGAGGGAAAGUAACGCUGGAACAGAGGGUAGCUGGGACAAUGUCUCGGAUCCCGACGGUGCAGUGACACCCAAAACGGAGGAUAGCGAAGAACCAAAGAAAGAUAGGUGA